CAAUCAAGAGUAAAGAUUUAAAUGAGACUUUACUCAAAAUUCUCACACAAUUAUGUAUAUAUGAUAUUUUUUUUCCGACGGAGAAGUAUAUGUCAUUCUCUUAACGUCUUGAUCAUUACACAGAUGAGAAAGAAUUUUAGUGCAUAUAAAAUAUCUAUCUAGAAUAAACUGUGUUGUGGAAGGGUCGUGACAGACUCUGUUUUUGGAUUUGAAUCUAAUUGAGUAGGAGAUUCUAGAAGUCAAUAUGAGACCACCAUUGUUAUCAACGCCCCCGGUCAGUCACGUGAUCUCCCGGAAGUUCAAGCCAACGCCUGCUGUCACGUGCAUACAUGAUUGGAGGAAUCUCACAUCGGACACGAGCAUUCAGAUAAUGAGCCUGGAAUCGUCUGCAUAUCACGAGGAGAGCAGCAUGUACGACGUUUCCAACCACAUUUCGUUUGUCGACACGAUCAUAAGCCCCCGGGCAGACGACAUUUCUCUACCUCUAACCAGCAGUCCGCACAUUGACGAAGCGUGUAUAGCGGAAACUCUUGUCAGUGUAGACUCAUUAACUCAUUGUCAGGGAAGCAUAUUUGACGCAAGAAUUAUAUUUACGCCAAAAGGACGUUGCUCGACAACAGGGUCGCAUUGCCAGGCAAGAAGUCACAUUCCUGCAAAAGCCGACACGAAGUUCAGUCCCUGUCAACAAAGAUUAACAAGAAACUGCAACAGUGAUUCUAACCUCAAUGUCCAGAGAAAAGCAGUUAACAAACAUACAAACAGACAAGCAUUUGUGACAAGGUCUAUGAGUUUAAAUCAUGCGGAACAUACGAAAAGGAACAAUGACACUUGUUUAGUGAAGCCCCUCCUUCCAUGCGCGAACAAAAGUAAAAUCGGCAACGUGAAACGUAUACCAAGCUUUAGAGAUUCGGUCAGACCUGUGCCAGUUGUCAGUGCUAAACCUGUAGCUGGCAAUGUGAAUACUGGAAUAAACGAUGAAACGAUGAAUCCAACUGUUUCAACGGGACAAAAAUGUAAAUCUCACGGACUGGAAACGGUACAAAAAGUCGGUGUACCUAAAUCGAAAAUAGCAAAACUUGUCAAAGUUGGAUUAAGGUCUGUGGUGAAGUCUAAAAGUAACUCAAGGGAAAAAUGUGCUGAACCAUUAGUGAAAGAUGUUACAGCAUUUGAAAGGAGACGUCAAAGAAAGGUUAGGCAUUCUUCUGAUAUCGGUGGCCUUUCUGAAUUCUUGAGAAAGAACGAAAGACGGAGAACAGUUGGAGUUAUCACGGAAGAAAAAUUUGACAGUGCCCCGAAAAUUGAUUUAACUUUAUCACAGACAAGCUCUGGUGUUAGCAGAUGUGAGGCUUCUGAAAAAUGUGCACCGAAACCAGUCAUGGGUAGCAGACGCCUGCAUUCAACAGGCACGUCAAAUCUGAAAUUUAAUCAAUGUCAACGGAAGCUUGUUUUUCAAAGCACUCGUGAUUCUCCGAAAACAAACGCAGACUUUGAUCCAUCGAAACACGCAGAGAAAUACAUCAGUUUAGAGAAUGAUGGAGACUCUAUGCCGAGGCGCCGGCCUCGACUUGGGGUCCUUGCGUCCACUAAACCUGUAAAUAUAGUGCCAAUUGACGAACUUGAAAUCGAUAUAGUCCAUGACUUGAAGAGGAGAGUUGAGCGUGCCAACAGAUGUUCUAAAAUCAAGACAAAUGGUUCAUUAAAAAUGAAGUCAAAAGUUCUUCCGAUCGAUAAACCAAUGGUGGUCAGUCCCCGAAGUAAAAGUAUGUUGUGUAGACAUAACAGAAUAUCGACAACAUAUCUGAAUGGAAGACAUUUACGUUUAAAACGGGAGUCAGUCGUUUGAGAGUAAUUAUAAUCCCCGCGAGACGAUAUAUAAACUAUAUGUUAUUAAACGUACAAUAAUUAAGACAGAUAAAGGGAUUCCAUCUGAAUAAAAAGUGCUAGUUUUCAUUCAUAAGCGGUAAAGUUUGUAGCAAAUACAGAUAUAUAUUGAUGAACUAAACUUGUAUUUUAUAUGAAUUGUUAAGUUUUAAUAUUUUAUUAAUUGUAAAUAGCUGAAUUGUAAAUAUAAAUAAAUUUGCAAAACAUAAUAAAUUGUAUAUUUA